CGUUAAGCUAAAAAAUUCUCCCAGCAGCCGUACUUUUUGCGUCGCUUUCUGCGCUGUUAUCGUUCUCCCUUACAUCGCUGUCGUUCACCAUUGCCGUUCUUACGUAACUCUCGUCGUCGCUGUUUUUCACAACUUCGACGCCAUCGCGGAGCGGUUUAGUUGAAGUGAAGGAGGCCUGACUGCCUUGUCCACAUCACGGUCGCUGUACAGUAUAAAAUGGGUGAUAGUGAUUUGAGGACAUGGGUGUCUGAUAAGCUAAUGUCAUUGCUAGGGUAUUCACAGGCCACGGUUGUUCAGUACAUAAUUGGCCUAUCUAAGCAAGCAAAUUCCCCAGCUGAUGUGCUGGCCAAGAUGGCAGAAUUUGGAUUUUCAUCAUCAACUGAAACCCGUUCUUUUGCUGAAGAACUUUUUUCUAGAGUACCCCGCAAACAAUCUGGUUUAAGUCUUUAUCAAAAACAAGAAAGGGAAGCAGCUAUUUUAGCAAGAAAGCAGAAGACAUAUACAAUUUUAGAUGCAGAUGAUGACGAUGAUGACAAUGGUGGUGGUGGUGGUGGUGGUACUGUUUUUGAUGACAAGUCUUCAAUUGCAUCUGCCUCUGAGCCCAGAAGAGCUGAUACACAUAAGAAGCGAUUUAGGAAGAAGAUUGAUAGUGAGGAGGAUGAUGACCAUGAGUUGCUCAGAGAAGUGGAAGAAGACAGGCAAGUUAGACAGCGGACUUCUCAAUAUGAAGAGGAUGGUUCUGAGUCUGAGGAGGAAAGACUGCGUGAUCAAAGAGAAAGGGAGCAAUUAGAACAAAAUAUCAGAGAACGUGAUGCUGCUGGCACUAGGAAGCUAACAGAGCCAAAGUUGACAAAAAAGGAGGCAGCAGAAGAGGCAUUUCGAAGAUCACUGGCUUUGGAGGAAGAUGGCAUUGACACUUUGAGAAAAGUGUCAAGACAAGAGUACCUAAAGAAAAGGGAGCAAAAGAAAUUGGAAGAACUCAGGGAUGACAUAGAAGAUGAACAAUAUCUAUUUGAUGGCGUGCAACUUACUGAGGCAGAAUAUCGUGAACUAAGAUACAAGAAGGAAAUAUAUGAGCUUGUGAAGAAGAGAUCUGAAGAGGCUGAUGACAUAAAUGACUACAGAAUGCCAGAUGCAUAUGAUCAGGAAGGAGAUGUCAAUCAGGAGAAGAGAUUUGCUGUGGCUUUGCAGCGCUAUAGGGACCCUAGUGCUGGCGAAAAAAUGAAUCCAUUUGCAGAACAGGAUGCUUGGGAAGAUUAUCAAAUUGGGAAAGCAACAUUGAAAUUUGGUUCAAAGGAUAAAAAGCAAAGAUCUGAUGAUUAUCAGUUUGUCUUUGAGGACCAGAUUGAGUUUAUCAAGGAAUCCGUGAUCGAUGGUGACAAGUUUGAUAAUGAAGUGCCUGGUGAGUCCUUGGAUUCCUCUAGGGCAAAAUCAGCUUUGGAGAAGCUUCAGGAGGAGAGAAAAACUUUACCUAUAUAUGAAUAUCGAGAACAACUUCUUGAGGCUAUUGAGAGGUUUCAGGUUCUUGUUAUUGUCGGAGAAACUGGUUCUGGAAAGACCACUCAAAUUCCGCAGUACCUUCAUGAAGCUGGAUACACCAAGCGCGGAAAGGUUGGUUGUACACAGCCAAGGCGGGUUGCUGCUAUGAGUGUAGCUGCUAGGGUUUCUCAAGAAAUGGGCGUCAAGCUUGGUCAUGAGGUUGGCUACUCCAUUCGUUUUGAAGACUGCACAUCUGAGAAGACCCUUCUGAAAUAUAUGACAGAUGGAAUGCUCCUACGUGAAUUCCUUGGUGAGCCAGAUUUGGCAAGCUACAGUGUCGUGAUGGUGGAUGAGGCACAUGAAAGAACUUUGUCGACUGAUAUACUAUUCGGCCUAGUAAAGGAUAUAACCCGUUUCCGACCUGACUUGAAGUUGCUUAUUUCAAGUGCAACACUUGAUGCUGCAAAAUUUAGUGAUUACUUUGAUUCAGCUCCAAUUUUUAAAAUUCCUGGAAGGAGGUUUCCUGUUGAGAUACACUAUACAAAAGCACCAGAAGCUGAUUACCUUGAUGCUGCAAUUGUAACUGUUCUUCAAAUCCAUGUGACACAACCCCCAGGAGAUAUUUUAGUCUUCUUCACAGGCCAGGAGGAAAUAGAGACGGCAGAGGAAAUUUUGAAGCAUAGGACCAGAGGUUUAGGGACAAAAAUUGCAGAGCUUAUUAUCUGCCCUAUAUAUGCAAAUUUGCCAACCGAGCUUCAAGCCAAAAUAUUUGAACCUACUCCGGAAGGGGCCCGGAAGGUCGUCCUUGCAACAAAUAUUGCUGAAACAUCUUUAACAAUUGAUGGGAUCAAGUAUGUCAUUGAUCCUGGCUUUUGCAAGAUGAAAUCAUAUAACCCUAGGACAGGGAUGGAGUCAUUGCUUGUAACACCUAUUUCAAAAGCUUCAGCCAUGCAGCGUGCUGGUCGUUCUGGACGAACAGGUCCAGGAAAGUGUUUCCGGUUGUACACGGCCUAUAACUACAAUCAUGACUUGGAUGAUAAUACUGUACCAGAAAUACAAAGGACAAAUCUUGCUAAUGUUGUGCUCUCUUUGAAGAGUCUUGGAAUUCAUGACUUACUAAAUUUUGAUUUUAUGGACCCUCCACCUUCUGAGGCAUUACUAAAAGCCCUGGAACUCCUGUUUGCACUGAGUGCACUAAAUAAACAUGGUGAGCUGACUAAAGUUGGUCGAAGGAUGGCUGAGUUCCCACUUGAUCCUAUGCUAUCCAAAAUGAUCGUUGCUUCUGAUAAGUAUAAGUGUUCAGACGAGAUAAUCUCUAUUGCUGCUAUGCUUUCUGUUGGAAAUUCAAUAUUCUAUCGUCCAAAGGACAAACAAGUUCAUGCGGACAAUGCCAGAAUGAAUUUCCACACAGGAAAUGUGGGAGACCAUAUAUCUCUUCUCAAGGUGUAUAAUUCUUGGAAGGAAACUAAUUAUUCUACACAAUGGUGUUAUGAAAAUUAUAUUCAGAUCUAGAAGUACACAUAUUCAGAACACCGCUGCAGGACAUCAUUCAAGUCUCAUUGGCCACCUAAACAGGACCACAAGUUGUCGGCGAGGGCACCUAUAAUCUCUAGAAGCUCGUUGCCGGAUAAAAGCAAGCUUGAUUAUGGAUCAAUAACUUCAACAAAAAUCUCACCAAAGGGAAGUGUUGGAAUUUAUGAGAUUUUUCCUUAAUUGAUGGGAUAUGUCUCAUAUUGAAGAAUCUUAUGAAUAUUGAACUGAUUAGUAAAAUCAAUGUCAUGAUUACAGCUGAUAUAAAGGAGUGAAUAUGGUUUAUUGAGAGGAUGCCAUAUACCAUUAUAAAUAUGGAGUCUUAUAUAUAGCAGACGGUUCUGCAUCACACACACAUGCACAGAAUCUCCUUCCCAUAUCUCUCAUUCACAAAUUUCAUCAAUUUGAACUUGUGAAGAUUGUAGUCUGAAUGAAUGAAAGUCGGUUUUCAAUCAAGAACUUAGGAAUUCAAUUAAAGAAAAAAAAAUUUAAUGACAAAAAAAUAUUGUUGAACUGAUGUUAUUUUUUCAAUCUUCAAAUAUCUUCUUGGGGUUGGAAAGUGAGGUCUGAAAUUUAAGAUGACCAUUGAACUCAUCUACUGUUGUUUAAAGGCAUUUAGUUGCAUAGAUACUUUUAGAUUGCGUUUUAAAAUGUAACUCUGUUGUUGAUGCUAAGGGUAUAAAGAUUAUCUUGAUUGUGUUCAAUGGUUUUCUUGCUGAUUUAUGGUCUCAUAAUGGAGUAGGGCUGUCUUUUAAAUGUUAAGGAGGUAAAUCUUAUGAAUCUAUGUGCAUAUUUUAAUAUUUUAAACUAGGACAGCACUAUUAUUUUUCAUCUUGGAUUUCGAAUAGGCUUCACAUAUCUAUAUCUGAUCCUUUAUACUCUUGUAAUCCU